UAUCAUGUUCCUGGGGCAGAGAGAGGAGUAACCCAUUUCUUCCCAAGUCUGAGAAAAAAUUGAACUUUCAGAGAGGAUGAAGAAAGCCAAACUGUCGACAAGGAGGCCAAGAAGCACCAGACAGAGACGUGGACAACCGUCCCUGAAUGGUGGUGCUCAGUGCAAUGAAGAGAGGGAGGAGGAAGCUGUGGAGGAGGAGAAGGAUCUGAUUAAGCAAGAGCAAACAGCAUCACCAUCGCCGCCUCCUUCUCCGGGUGAUGCACCACUGACUACUCAAACUACCACUCAUACAUAUAGAACUCGAAGGGCAAGGGAAUUAUUUUUUAAAUCCAGUCCUGGAAGUUCUCCCUGGACACCUUCAUGUUCUAUCUCCAACCAGGCUGGUCCUAUUAAUCCCGAAUUAAGUGCAGCACUAGUAUCUGAAUUGCCUUCUCAGGGCCUCCUGACCAUAGAACAUGUGAAUGCCUCAAGCAUGCCUAGUCAAUUUGCAGAUGAAGAGAAUCAUCCAACAAGUACUUCUACUGCCAGUGAACAAAAACCCAACAAUGACGAGAGAGCUACUGCUUCUGCUGCUGUUCAUCUAACCCGAUCUGAAACUCUUCACCUCACAGAGAUGCUGCUUGCAGGAGCUGAUGAUGAUGAUAUGGAUGACGCAAUCUCAACAAAAAAUUCUUCGACAGCAAAUGUUGGUGGAUACAAAGUGAGGGUGGAAAUUGCACCUCUUGCCAAGCAAAUCUUUACAAGAUAUGGUGACAUUGUGAAAGAAAGCAUAUUCAAAUCAGUUGAGUAUCGUUCUUCUGUGCUGGAAACGGUUUGCAACAUUUGUCAAAGAUUGAGAUCAACAAAGUUUCCAGAUCUGACGUGUCAGGAGCUCCAAUCCAUGCUCAAUGUUGUUAAUGAUCUUGAACCUGUCAAGGUAGACGUCGGAUGGCUUCUCUGCCGGUUGAAUGAAAUUUUUGAAGCCAAAGAGUUCAAGAAAGGUUUCCCCAGCUUAGUGGAAUCAAGAACCAAGACUCUCCAAGGGAUUGAAGAACUGAAGAAAACGUGGGCAGAAACCAGAGAGGAAUAUGAAGCUUGCAUGGCGAGAUGCCAAAUGCUGCAAGAGAGACUCAAGAAGCUUGAAGACGGGGUUGGCACUGCACAAGUUCAGAUGGAGGAAAUCAAUGCAAGUUAUUCAGACACGAAGGACAAACUGAGAUGUUUCUACACGCGUUCUCUGCUGCAUGGUAUUCUUUGAUCUACACAGCUCUACACUUAAGGCUGUUAGGUUUAGAUUCGAUUGCUGGAACUGAAGGUAUAAUAUUCAGAGAUGGUGACAUGGGAGUUUGUUAAUCGGACUUCAGUUGGCUCGCCCUUUAGGUUGCUGAAAUUGUAGGUAUAUUCAUAAAAGGCCACAUGGGAGUUAUCUCUGAACAUAAUCUAAGUCCUUAACAAAGAGACAACGAGCCUUUGACUCAGUUUAUCGUAAGCUACAAUUUACCCCAUGUUUGCAGUUAUUCGUGAAAAACUGUAAGCUACCCCUUAAUUUACAAAGAUUUGUUGAAAGUAUGAAAGUACAUCCUUUUAUUUUUAUAUGCCAUAGUCAUCAUGAAAAUUUUAUUGACAUAUGUGCUACUCCGUCUCUUAUAUUUGUCCCAUUUUACAUUUUUCAUCCGUCUCUUUAAAUUGGUCUCAUAUUAUAUUUAGUGAUAUUUUAUAUUUGGGUGAUUGUAAUUCAUUCAUCUUUAUUUUACCAACACUUCAUCAAUUCACCGUUAAUCACACAAUUCAUUUAUCAUAAUAAAUAUGUUCCCUCUUGUCUCAAUCUUAGGAGAUAAAAGUAGUAAUCCCUUCGUCCCGCUAAGAUUGUCUCGUUAUUACUUUUUGAGAAAUCCCACAAAGAAUGUCUCAUACCAAAUUUAAUAAAGUUUGUUUGGCUCUAAAUAAUUCUUACUUUAUCAAUUCAAUAUCAACCACAUAAUUUCAUUUUUCUUAGGGAAAACUAUCAAAUAAGUCCACAUACUAUGCCGAAAAAGUCGAUUAGACCCUCGUACUUUAGAAACACUCAAUUAAGUCCUCAAACUAUUAAAAAACGUUCAAUUAAGCCCUUUUGGUCGGUAAGUAACCGGUUUCCCGGUUAAACGGCGACGAUGUGCUCGAACCCUAGCAACGGCGACUGCCGGGAAACGAGUUACAUUUAACUGGGAAACCGGUCACUUACCGACCGAAAGGGCUUAAUUGAACGUUUUUAAUAGUUUGAGAACUUAAUUGAGUAUUAGUAAAGUACGAGGGCCUAAUCGACUUUUUCGGUAUAAUUGUGUGACCUUCUCAUGUCUCAAUUUUCGUGGGACGGAGAUAGUAAUAAUUAUUUUUUAUCUCUGCUUUUCAUUAGUCUCUUAUUGGGCACUAGUUAUCACGUCUUGUGCGACCAAACGCUAGUACAUUUAAUACAUGGAGACCUACAUACCUUCUAUAUGAAGUUAUGAACAUGGUUUAUUUGUUAUAUACGGAGUACGUAGCAUAAAUCUAAAUUUCAUGAAAUUUUUCUUCAAUUAAGAAUCUUUUGGAAACUAUAAUUUCAUACAAAAUUAAGUGUUUUCAAAUUAAGGUGGUGCUGAAUUGAGUGGUAGUCGCCCCGAGAGACAUUAUUGUAAUUGUUGUAUCUUUCAUUCUUUCCCUUUUGCUGCAAGUUUGCCACACAGAAUGCACGACUAGAAAUUGAUUAGUUUUUUUAUUUAACAUUAUUUUAAUAAACUGAAAGUUGCUCGUUAACAUGACUACGUUUUUAUCCCUUUGAGUAGAUAUCCAUAUUUUGUUGAUACAUCAGAAAGAAAAAGCCAAAUGAAACUAUUACUACCCUAAACCAUUAGCAUUUUCCAAUAGAUAACGUUUAAUCCUGUAAGGAUCGUAUUCCGUCUCCGGCUCAGGUCUUUCUACACACUCUACUCACAUACACCACACUAGGGGAAGCUUUAGCACAACUCUCUGUUUUUAUCUCACCACAUAGUCCCUCUCUCAAUACUCACACAAAGGGAAAGAGAAGAAGGAGAGCACUGCUCUCUAGAAUUGGUUCUCGCAGGCUGCUCAACAAAGGGAGAAGGCACAAGCUUCAUAUAGAAGGCUGGCAGAGGUCACGGGUGAUAUCAAGACAAGAAGUCACGGGUGAAGCAAAACAGGAGGCCUCACGGGUUACCAAGACAAGUAAUGCAGCAGACAGGAAAGGAUGGGCCAGCCAAGUGGGAAAGUCAAACCACUCAAAUAGGUAUACUUAUUGAUCAGAUAAAAUACCAAGGUAGAGAUACCAAAGUGGGAGUAAAACAAUAGGGUGCAAGCCUCAGCAAAUAAAGUGGAAGGGAGGCCUUGGUAGGACCAAUACCUCCAACAUUCUCCACCUUAUUGGUCCUAGGUGGUGUAGAGUAACAAUACAAGGUUGUGACAAGACUCAUCAUCGCCGGGUCACCCGGAAUAUCAACAGACACAACGGGCAAACACUUUAUUAGGCAACCCACAGUUAUCCACAAUCAAAGUUUAACACGCGUUUACAGGACAAGUGCUUCUCAGCAGAAAGACACUUGGUACCCAUAUCCGCGGGGUUAAACUCGGACGGGAUCUUGCACAGCUUGACUCCACCUGCAUCAACAAUAUCACGUAUGAAAUGGAACCUAACAUCAAUAUGCUUAGUUCUAUCAUGAAAUACAGGAUUUUUGCAAAGUUGGAUAGCCGAUUGGCUAUCCGAGAAAAUGGUAACUCCCUUUUUGAGAAACCCAAUUUUGGAGACAAGGCGUUUGAGCCAGAUGGCUUCCUUAAACGCUUCUGUGGCUGCAACAUACUCGGACUCAGUGGUAGAAAGGGCCACAAUAGGCUGUAGUUGAGACUUCCAACUAAUGCAAGAGCCACACAAAGUAAAAACAUAAGAAGUGGUCGACUUCCUGUUAUCUCUAUCAUUUGCAUAGUUAGAAUCAACAUAACCAAUCAAUUCAAUACCACUAGCACACUUAGAGAAAAUUAAUCCAUGCUUCACAGUAGAAAUCAGAUAUCUAAGCAACCACUUAAGAGCAUUCCAAUGGGGCAAACCAGGGUUGGACAUAUAUCUACUCAAGCAACUAACCGCAUAUGCAAUAUCAGGUCUAGUGCUAACCAUAAGAUACAUCACCGACCCUAUUGCGCUGGAAUAAGGCACAGAUUUCAUUUUCUCAAUUUCAGGAGCAGUCUUGGGAGACUGGUCCUUACUUAACACAAAGUGAGAUGCCAUAGGGACAUUAACAGGAGAAGCAGAUAACAUAUUAAAUUUACUCAAAACUUUUUCUAUGUAAGAAAUCUGAUUCAAAGUAAGAGUACGCUUACUCCUAUCCCUAACAAUGUUUAUGCCUAGGAUCCUCUUGGCAUCACCUAGGUCUUUCAUGGCAAAACUCGCACAAAGACAUUUCUGCACAUCUUUAAUAGCAUUCAGAGAAGGACUAAUUAUCAGCAUGUCAUCCACAUAGAGUAACAAAAAUACAGGCACAGAAGAAGUAUUUUUGGAAUACAGGCAAUGAUCACAAACAGAUUUCUGGAACUUCAAAGAUAUCAUGCAUUUAUCAAAUUUGAUGUUCCACUGCCUAGGGGAUUGCUUCAGGCCAUACAAAGCCUUCCUAAGCAAACAAACAUGCUCACUUCUCUUGGGAUCCACAAAGCCCUCAGGCUGGGUCAUAUAAAUUGUUUUAUCCAAUUCACCAUGCAAAAAAGCAGUAGUUACAUCCAUCUGUUUCAUUUCCCAGUCAUGGUGAGCAACUAAAGCAAGCAUCAUACGAAUAGUGGUGAAUUUAACAACAGGAGCAAAGAUUUCUGCAUAAUCUACCCCCUCUUUUUGAGUAAACCCCUUCGCAACCAACCUAGCCUUAAACCUAACAUCACUAGGUUCUUCCUUAACCUUAAACAACCACUUACACUCAACUACCGAACAGUUGGGGGGUCUAGGUACAAGGGUCCAAGUCUGGUUCACUCUCAAAGAGUCCAUCUCACUUUUCAUGGCACUAAUCCAUUUCUGAGACUCUUUGGAACCUAAGGCUUCACGGUAGGUCUUGGGUUCAUUCAGCUCUAGGGAUUCAAACACAGAAAAUGCAAACAUAGAAGUAUCAUGCACAAUGAAAGCAUAAUCAGGCAUACUAUCAGCAGUUCUCCUGAUAGCCCUUCUACUCCUAUCUCUAGCAAGUUGAUAAUCAUGCAAAUUAUCACUACUAGGCUCCACAUGCAACUCAUGCAAAUUAUUGUUAUCAUGAAAAUCAGAUUCAGCACCCAUAUCAUGCAAAUCAUGCUCAGUAUCAUGCAAAUGCUCCACCUCACUCGAGGUGGUGGGACUAUCAUGCUCAGAGGAAUCAGAAUCAUGCAUAACAAUAUCAUCAGAAAUAACAGGAUCAACAGAUAAAGGACCAGCAGCAACAGGGACAGACUCCACCUCACUAGGAGUACUAUCAGACCUAGACUCAGGAUCAGAAACAGACUUGGUCAAGCAAGGAAAAUCAGUUUCAUUAAACACCACAUUUCUGCUAAGGACCACUUUAAAGCCUACCUGGUUCCUAUCCCAUAACCUGUAACCCUUUACCCCCUCUGGAUAACCUAGGAAGACACAUUUCUUAGACCUAGGAUCCAACUUGUCACCCUGUUGAUGUGCAUACGCUGCACAACCAAACACCCAAAGGUUAGACAGAUCAAGAGGCUUACCGGUAAAGACGGUUUCAGGACACUUACCACCAAGAGGGACAAAUGGGGACCUAUUAACCAAAUAGGCAGCAGUAGUAACUGCUUCACCCCAGAAUUUCUUAGACAAACCAGAGGUAGCUAACAUGCUUCUAACCUUAUCCAACAGAGACCUAUUCAUUCUCUCUGCUAUCCCAUUCUGUUGGGGAGUAUAAGGCACAGUUUUGUGCCUUUUUAUCCCACAAUCCACACACAACUUAUCCAUCUCCUUAUUACAGAACUCUAACCCAUUAUCGGUCCUAAGGGUUUUAACCUUCCUGCCAGUUUGGUUUUCAACUAGGGUUUUCCACUCCCUAAACCUCACAAACACAUCUGACUUGUGUUCUAAAAGGCAAACCCACACCUUCCUAGAGAAGUCAUCAAUAAUGGAAAGGAAAUAUUUCCUACCCCCGUGGGUAGGAACACUGGCAGGACCCCAAACAUCGGCAUGAACAUAUUCAAGCACAGACGAACACUUAGACAGAUUAGGGUAAGAGGAAGGAGGGAAACUGACUCUAUGCUGCUUGCCUAACACACAUGAUUCACAGAAAGGCACAGAAGUCACAGAGUCCUUACCAAAAUAACCAGCCCUACGCAUGACAUCUAAACCCUUAUUGCUCAUAUGUCCUAGCCUAUUAUGCCACAAAGAGGUCUUAUCAGAACAUACAACAUUCACAGAUUCGGCAAAAGGUUUAGCAUGACACACAUAAAGGUUAUUCACCUUCUCAGCUUUAAACAAAACAAGCGAGUUUUUCAGGAUUUUCAUACAACCAUUCCCCCAUUUUCCCUGCAACCCACUACUCUCCAAAGCAGCAACAGAUAACAAGUUAUGACACAAAUCAGGGACAUGCCUUACAUUCUUAAUGGUAAACACAGAGCCACAAGAAAAUUUCAGACAUAUAUCACCAACACCAAGCACAUUGCAUCUCUUAUUAUCAGCUAAGGAAACGUAGCCACUAUCACAUAAUUCAUAAGUAGAAAACAAAUCUCUAAAGGGGGACAUGUGAUAGGUACAACCAGAGUCAAUCAACCAUUCAUGCUCAGACAGGGAAUUUCUCACAGAAUUAACAUGGUCACAAACCAUCAAAAUAUCACCAAGGUCACAUUUAUCAACAGCUACACUAGCAUGCUCGGUCUUCUUAGGGUGGGGGCAAUCCUUAAUGAAAUGGCCAGUGUUACCACAAUUGUAACACACUCUCUUCCUAGAUUUACUCCUCUUCCUCCCAGGCUGACUAGCGUUCUUACCCUGACUAUUUUGCUUAGAGUUCUUAGACCUACCCUUAGAUCUACCCCUAACAAACAUAGCCUCACCGGAGUCCCUGGACUGACUAGCACUACCCCUAGCAUGCUUCAGGUCUAAUUCCUUACUCCUUAACCCAUUCACUACAAUGUCUAAUGAAAUCUCAUCCCUACCGUACUUAAUAGCGGACUUAACAUCAUUAUAAGAGUCGGGAAUGGCAUUAAGUAAUACUAUGGGAGUAUAAUCAUCUAUGUGUUUAUCACCUGCCUGUUUGAUAUUCUGUAUCAGUUUAUUAAACACAUCCAGGUUCUCAUCUAUAUCCUUAGUCAGGUCAAGCCUAAACCUAAAGAAUUUCUCUAGCAAGAACAACUUCCCUGGUAAAGAGGUAUCAGUAUAGAGACUAUCUAAUUUCUCCCACAACUCCUUAGCGGACUCAAGAAUACCCACUUUCCUAAGCACAGAAUCAGACAGAUUCAAGUAAAUAGUAGAACAAGCAGUUUCGUUCAUUUCAAUUUGCUUAGCCUUAUCUUCUGAUUCAAGGAAAAUACCAGUGACAGCUCUGAAAACUUUUUGCUGUAUUAAAACACACUUUAUUUUCUGUUUCCAAAUAUCAAAAUCCGUUUUUCCAUUAAAUGGAAGCAUACCAUACUGAUUUGUAGCCAUGGUAUCAACCACAAAGGAACACAAAGCUAAACAGAUAGAAAUAACAGAAAAUAAUCCAACCCGGGUUAUAAAGUAUUCACUUUAAUAACCCCGGGCAGCAUGCAACACAUAACAAAAAAUUGGACAUAAUGGCAAUUAAACAAUUCUGGGCAGAAAAUUAAAAUUAAUUAAUUCUACCCCUACCACCCAAUAAACCACCCCUACGCAUAACAAUUAAAUUAAAUAACACUUAGUAAUUUAAUUAAUCAACUAAAACAAUCAACCACAAAGGAGAGGGUUUAGUACGUACCUGAGGGGUUGGCGGCCGGGAUUAAAUCAACCGGCGGCCCGCGGGGAGGGGGAAUAAAUUAAAUUAAAAUUAAAACCGGAAUAUAACAAAUGGGAAGUUUACAGAAAACUUACCUUCGCGAAACCCUAGGAGAGCGUUUCGACCUUACCUACCCAAAUUUUAAAAAAAUUUGGGAUUUUUCUGAGAAGUUGACCGGCGUUGACUGCCGUUGACCGGCGUUGACCGUCGUUGACCGGCGGUCCAGCAGCUCAGCAGUCCAACUCCAGCAGCAUCAGCCCAUUCCAGCUCCGGUUUGACCAACCCAGCACCUAACCAGCCCAAAUAGAAACCCAGCAGUAGCUCUCUGACCCAACUCCAGUAGCUCCUUCAAUUCACCAGGUCCAGCAGCCCAAAUAAGGCCCAAUGACCAAGAAAUUAAUGCUCCUAUCAGACUGCUCCAGCCCAGCAACGAAGGUACAGUCGGUCCAACACAGGUCCAGCGUUCGUACUGCCUCCAGUCUACAAGCUACAGUACUCGUCACUCAGGGCCUUCGUCUAUCUUCUGCGAAUCAACGAGCUUCACCAACGAGUAGCGACCUCGAUGGCGGAUCCCCCAGGUGACGGAACGGUGACCGGAGAACAACCAGGCGACCGGCGGUUGAUUGAUUGCGGCGAGCAAAUCCCUGCAGCGGCGAGCUUCAGGCUAUGGCGGGUUUGAGCUUCCAGCAGAGGCUAUGGCGGAAUCAGCUUCUGGCAAGCUCGAUUUCUGCGAACAGAGACCAACGUGGAAGUCAGCAAGCUCGUGCGAACGACAAGCAACCCCAGGGCCCUUCGGCGAGCUCCAAUCGACGACGGCGGCGGACGGGCGGCGGACGGGCGGCGGCGGCGGACGGCGGCAGACGGCGGAACCUGGCUCUGAUACCACUGUAAGGAUCGUAUUCCGUCUCCGGCUCAGGUCUUUCUACACACUCUACUCACAUACACCACACUAGGGGAAGCUUUAGCACAACUCUCUGUUUUUAUCUCACCACAUAGUCCCUCUCUCAAUACUCACACAAAGGGAAAGAGAACAAGGAGAGCACUGCUCUCUAGAAUUGGUUCUCGCAGGCUGCUCAACAAAGGGAGAAGGCACAAGCUUCAUAUAGAAGGCUGGCAGAGGUCACGGGUGAUAUCAAGACAAGAAGUCACGGGUGAAGCAAAACAGGAGGCCUCACGGGUUACCAAGACAAGUAAUGCAGCAGACAGGAAAGGAUGGGCCAGCCAAGUGGGAAAGUCAAACCACUCAAAUAGGUAUACUUAUUGAUCAGAUAAAAUACCAAGGUAGAGAUACCAAAGUGGGAGUAAAACAAUAGGGUGCAAGCCUCAGCAAAUAAAGUGGAAGGGAGGCCUUGGUAGGACCAAUACCUCCAACAAAUCCAAAUAAAUGCCUCUUAUAAAGUACUCCUCAGUUAACUACUUUGGUGUUUGAUGAGCUGCAUUUGUCAAGCUAUCUGCAGAACAAUUACCUCACAAAAGUGCGAUUUGUUGUCAUAGAUCUUUCUUCUCCAAGGAACUUUUGACAUUUCGGAGUAAAUUAAACUUUCACAAUUCUCAUAUAUUCAUCUCUAUUCUUCACAAUUUUAGCUGUACUCUACAAAUGCACUUUAAGAAUGACUUUAUUAAGAUCGAGAUCCCGAGCCAAACAAAAACUCUUGCCUUAAACCCCAAAGCUUGGCUUUGAAGCUAUCAAUUCUCCCAAUAUUUAGGAUAAAGUCAUAAAACCAUGCUUAAUUCCCCUUUAUGGUUGUUGCCACCUUCCUCGACUUCCUGACCUCUACGGCUCUACCCCAACAAGAUUCAUCUCAAUUAUGUGGGAUACACUUGAAGGACUUGGCAACUUUGUGUUGCUUGAGUGGAUUACACAUGAGUGACAUGACACACUGGUAUAUAUACUCAUCCAAAAUUGGGCAGUCCUCAAAGUCCGAUUCAAAUUGGAAGGAAUGCCUUUAAAAAUCCAAGCAUUUCAUGUUUUUCAUAUCAGCCAUCAUAUGUAAGUAGAUCUGGAUUCUGGAAGCAUGUGGAAUUCUGCCCAAAACACUAGAGUUUUGGCACUAACUACGAAUCCAAGCAUUUCAUGUUUUUGGCAGUUUUGGAUGUUCAUCACCUACUCUCACCUUCGAGCAGUAUUCCUCCAAAUUGAUUUUGCAUAUAAAGGAGUAAACUUGGAGAAAAUGAUGAAGCAUUGUUUCCUCUUUUAUUAUCAUGUUUUGGGCUCACUAAAAAUGUCAUCAACCAGUCAUGCCAAUUUCGGGUGGACUAUGUUCAACCUACAUACAUAUUACAAUAAAUAAACCAAAGUAACAAAUUUCGGUGUUUUACUGUUUUGCACCAUGUCUUCUCACCAUGAGGUUACGCAUGUUAAACCAAAAUGUGUUAUGGAUUGGAUUGAAUCAUUGAAAUGUAACAAAAAUUUCGAUAAACCACUUUAUUUACAUGCACAAUGGUUCUCUUCUAUAAUGGGGAUGAUUCAUUGAUUCAUAAAUGCACGUAGCAAUCAUCCUGAUCACAAAGAUCACAAAAAAGGAACAACUGAAAAAUAUAACAAACAUUAAGCAACUUAUAAGCACAAAAUCUGAAUAUGGAGAAAAAACAUAAUUGUAUAUGGACAAUCGGAGAAAAAGUCGUGGGAAAAAAAAUUACUACGUAUGUAACUGUAAGAACAAAGCCACAAGUACACAUAGGUAGGCAAAAAAACUAUAGACGUGGCACAUCAAAAU